CAUCCCUGCGUGCUGGGGCAUGUGAAUAACACAGCGUAUUUUGCUUCAUUCAACCUGGCGAACAGCUGAAUUCGCAGCAGUAAAUAUAGCGCGCAGCAAGUGUAAUUUAGUUUAAACGUUUUCGGUGCCUUGAGCUAAGUGUAAACUAACAGGCUUUCGUACGAAUAUUAAAAAUACAAAUACAUGGAUAUUUAAUCAUGGUAAAAUUGACUGUCGUUUUGGAUGUCAAGGAAACCCCUGUUUGCGAGCACGGUCCAGCAGUGCUGUUCGAACGAUCUGAAGUUAAUGGACCUCUCAAAAAACAAUUUUUCGCCUGCAGUGCCACUCGAAAUGGAACAUGUACAUUUAAGAGUUAUAAAUGUAAGAGUACUAGUUCAAAUUCAGACAAUGGAAAUGACGAAUAUGCAAUGGUUCGCAAUGCCGCUGCCUCCCAAAAAGUUUUCUGCAUAAAAUGUCAACACUUGUUUCUGAAAACGAAUCUACAGGACCACAAAAAUCACAAAACGCAGAACAACCUUACUGAAGAAGUCUUACGAGAACCUACGCGCUUUCUUGCACCGUUGAGUGUAGAUGGAUCUGAAGCGCAAUAUUUUUUCGCUGACAGUACGCUACAUUGUAUAAAUGGCAUUUUCAAGCAGCUAAAAAUAACAAAAGUUGUCUGCUUAGGAGCACCAAGGCUACACGAAUAUUUACUGACAAGAACAAAUAUCGAUUCAUUGUUACUUGAUAUUGACAACCGAUUCGCCUGGUUUUAUGACAAAACUUGUUUUUUGCAAUACAAUAUGUUCAACAACUACUUUUUCGAUGGUAUGUCGGCGCAGAAUAUAUUCAUCCAUUUUUUGUCAAAUGCGAGGUCAAAGGAUCGCAUAUGUAUCUUUACCGAUCCUCCAUUUGGCUGCCGCACGGAGCUUCUGGCACAAACAAUUCGAAAAACUAAUCAACUAUACAACAAAAUUAAUUCGACCACUCAAAAUAUCCUGCCUACAUUCUGGGUCUUUCCGUACUUUAUGGAAAACUACAUCCGGAAAGAAAUUCCGUCUAUGGAGAUGGUAGAUUAUAAAAUCAACUAUACCAACCAUAAAACCUACAAUAACAGUAUGAAGGGUUUAAAGCAUGGUUCACCUGUUCGUUUUUUCACAAAUGUUGCAUUGGAUUUAUUCAGCUUGCCAACAAGUGAGGGUUACCGGUUUUGUUCGAAGUGUAAUAAAUGGGUUCACAAUUUAAACCUACACUGCAAAAUUUGCAACAAUUGUGUUUCGAAGAGUGGUGCAACUUACCGACAUUGUGUAAGAUGUAAUUGGUGUGUUAAGGCAAGUUACAAACACUGUGACAAAUGUGGAAGGUGUACUCAAGCACGAGGACAUAACUGUAAAUUGUACCGUAUGCAAGUUAGCUGUCGUAUUUGCUUAGUUAAAGGGCAUGUAGAAAAAAUGUGCAGCAUUUGGAAAAAUAAAAAAAAGUGUAAGUGUAAUAUUUCCGGUUGUGUAAUUUGCGGGGCAAAAUCUCACAUAGUAAGUAAUUGUCCUGAACGCAAAAUGCUUCUAAAGGAAGAAUAUUUCCUUGGUAGCUACCAGAACAUAAUAAAUGCUACGUGUUGAAGUUACCGAUCGAUCGCAAAAUGUUUAAAUCUUAAUUAUCAUACUGAAAUUGUCCCUUGCUGUUUUAUUAACUAAUAAAACCUGUUUUAAUCCA